AUGGUGGACCGAAACGUGGAGCUACAAACGACGCUGGUGCGGUACAACAACCCGGUGCUGGUGGUGAAACACGUGGAAAAACCACCGAGCGAUGCCGCACCGCCGAAAGAGCAAGCAGGCCGUCCCGGAUCGGGCGGUGCCGUUGUCAUCGAUAGCCCCCGCGAGACGGAGGAAAUCCUCAACUGCAUCCUACCGCCGAAGACGUGGGAAGAGGAUGGUCAGCUGUGGACACAGACCGUCUCGAGCACACCCGCCACCCGGCAGGACGUGAUCAAUCUGCAGGAGAUGCUGGACACGCGCCUUCAGCAAACGCAGGCCCGCGAAACGGGCAUUUGUCCGGUGCGGCGCGAACUGUACACGCAGUGCUUCGAUGAGCUGAUCCGCCAGGUCACGAUCAACUGCACGGAGCGGGGCUUGCUGUUGUUGCGCGUGAGGGAUGAGAUCGCGAUGUCCUUGGAGGCGUACGAAACGCUCUACUGCAGCUCGGUGUCGUUUGGCAUCCGGAAAGCGCUGCAGGCACAGGAAGGCAAAGAGAAGCUACAGGAGCGGAUCCAGCUGGUCGAGCAGGAGAAGGAAGCGCUGCUGAACUCGAUUAGCGAUAUGAAGAUAAAGGCGGACCAGGCCGAACGUCGGAACGCGGAACUACGCGCUUCCGAGGAGAAAAAGCACACCGAGGAGAUCGCUUUCCUGAAGAAAACGAACGCUCAGCUCAAGGCCCAACUGGAAGGUAUCAUCGCCCCGAAAAAGUGA